UUAUGUGACAUUCGUGGCGAGAGCGGACCACAGUUAACCACUAAGGGCAAUCAAUUCGGAGCUUUCCCCCGUCGGCCCAGCGCCAAUCCAUAAAAAAAACACAACAAAAAACAAUUCACAUCGUAAAAUUAAUUUGGCACAAAUUAAUUUGCGAAACGGAACUGCUCACUUAACGCAAUUGGGUGUUCAUCCAUCGCUUUUUCGUUUGUGUCGCGCGCCUCGUGCAAUAAAACAGAAUUGGCUUAAUUAAUCAGCAAUCAGCAAGAAGCACUGCAACAUUUCCCAAUUGACCUGUGUGUGCAUUUCGAGCGUGAAUAUCUAAUCCUGCCUGCAACGUACCUCACACAUAUGCCAUGGAAGUGAAGCCUUUCCCGUUGACCGUUUGACAUUUCCACUGGUCCAGGAUCCGCAGUUCCAGGCAUUGGGGAGCAGGAGCAGCGACAACAACAGCCACAACACUUGGAAUAUGUUGUAUAAUGUGCCGUGCUAUCAAAACUUCUCAACGCUGGAUUACUACAAAGUUAAACGUCCCAAGACAGAGCACACGGAUACACAUGAACGCAACCGCCUCUGCAAUCUGUCACAGCAGCAGCAGCAACAGCAACCCCAGCAGCAACCGUCGCACCAGCAGCAGCAGCAGCAACAGCCAUCGCAUCCCAGCACCGUGUUGGCCAGCAAUGGACCCAGUAGUGCCGGUGCCGGUUCCGGCAUGGGUGUCGGGGUGGGCGGGGGCGUGGGCGUGGUCGGGCAGUGCAGUCCCCUGGAGCUGCCGCCCCAGAGCCAGCCGUUGCAGCCCACCAUUGGAUCGCUGAGCGGCCACUACUCGAACGGGAACGUCAAUCCGACCGUGAACCCGAGUAGUUGCAGCCUGUCCGCCGCCUCCAGUUUCUCGCAGUCCGCCGGCAGCAGCUUCUCCACAUAUCAGCAGGCAGGAUCCUCCGCCGGAGCCGGUGUUCCUGGCGAGGAUGUGGUCGGCGGCGCCACUGUGAUGUCGCACUGGACGCACGAUGGCUCCGGUUCGGGUGCGGCGGUCAAGUCGGAGUCGCGCAGCCCGGGACAGGGACACGCCUCGCUGGACAAUUCCAACCUGUACGCCUGCAGCUCCGCCAGCAAUCCCCUCGACGGAGGAGUGGCGGCGGUCAGCUCCUCGGCGGUUUCGGCGGCUGCGGCGGCGGUGUACGACGGCAAGCACGACUACUACUACUACAACAGCAUGCAGCAGUACACGCCGCCGUUCUACUCCGGCUACGGAACCCCCUAUGCCACCCGUCAGACCAAGAUGGAGCCCGGGGCGGCGGCGGCCUACCUUACGCCCAGCUACGCCGGCGGCGGCAACAACAACUCGCAGCUGUACAGCAGUCCGUACGCCGGCUACAACAACUUCGGGCAGCAGGACUACGGCGGUUACUACAACGAGCAGUACGGGAACUACUACAGUCCGGCCAACUACUCGCCGUACGCGGUGAGCUCGCCCAGCUCGAGCGCGAGUCACGGACACGGCUUCCAUGUGGCGGCCUCCUCAAACCUCUCCGAGAGUCCCACGGACACGCUCUCGACGACGCCGGUGCACCAGAGCGCCCACUCGCCGAAUAGAAAUGGCCGAUCCCCGUUGCCGAUCUCGCCCAGCGCCGGAAUCGGAGCUCUGGGAAACGUGGCGGCGUCGGCGGCUGCGGCAGCCCUCAACUCCAGUGGAGGCAGCAGUGUGGGCACGGCGGGCUCGGGGGGCAUGGCGUCCAGCAAGACCACGCCCACGGGCAAGACGGGGCGGGCGCGGGGACGCCGCCACCAGCAGCCCAGUCCCACCAGGAGCACUGCCUCGGACACCGGAAACAGUGAGGCAGUGAAGCCCCCGGAGAGGGUAUUUGUCUGGGACCUGGACGAGACCCUCAUCAUCUUCCACACCCUGCUCUCGGGCAGCUAUGCCAACCGAUACACCAAAGACCACAGCUCCCUAAUGACCAUCGCCUUCCGCAUGGAAGAGAUGGUCUUCAACAUGGCCGACACGCACUUCUUCUUCAACGAGAUCGAGGAGUGCGACCAGGUGCACAUCGACGAUGUCAGCUCGGACGACAAUGGCCAGGACCUGAGCGCCUACAACUUCGCCACGGACGGCUUCCACACGAACACCCCGCCCGGCGCCCCGCCCAAUCUCUGCCUGCCCACCGGAGUGAGGGGCGGCGUCGACUGGAUGCGCAAGCUGGCCUUCCGCUACCGCAAGAUCAAGGACAUCUACAAUAGCUACCGGGGAAAUGUUGGCACACUGCUGGGACCCGGAAAGCGCGAGGCCUGGCUGCAGAUCCGCUCGGAGAUCGAGGUGGCCACCGACAACUGGGCCACGCUGGCGCUCAAGUGUCUGAGCAUGAUCUCCCAGCGGGAGAACUGCGUCAACGUCCUGGUCACCUCCACGCAACUGGCCCCGGCGCUGGCCAAGGUCCUGCUGUUCGGGCUGGGCGGCAUCUUCAACAUCGAGAACAUUUACAGUGCGCACAAAAUCGGCCAUGAAACCUGCUACGAGCGGAUCGUGACGCGCUUCGGCCGCAAAAGCACCUACGUGGUGAUUGGGGAUGGCAACGAGGAGGAGACCGCCGCCAAGGCCAUGAACUUCCCCUUCUGGCGCAUCUCCGCCCACAGCGACAUUCGCGCCCUCUACACUGCCCUCGACAUGGGCUUCUUAUGAAAGGCCAAACUGUAAGGGGAUCGCCCGAUAUUAUUGCCUCAUCGGAUCGGUAUCGCAGGCUCGAAGCAGUUUUGAGUACAAACAGCAAAAUGUUUAAUUAAUUUAUUUAAUAUGUACGUGUGUGUAUGUGUGUGUGUGAGACAUCCAGCAAAUGGAAACUGUAAACCAGCGCAAAAUAAUUUAAUUAUUUUGUUUAAACCAUUUAUACUUUACCGCCAAGACUUUUUGUAUUAUAUAGUUUUUAAACACCUAAUCAACGAUCGUAACAAUUCUCGCACGAAGUUGUUUCAAGUGUGUAAUUAAUGAAUUAACAAUAUACGUAUUUAGCACCUUAGAGUAGCAAACAAUAACAGACCGAUGUGCAUCCUGGCAAAAGAGGCGGAGUCACAGAGCGAUCGGAGCAAACACAACAAAAAUUAGUUUAAAGUUCUUAGUUUAAAAGCAGAAGCAUAAUUAUAAUGAUUAUAAAUAAUUCGACAAAGCCGUAGUAUUCAAAUUUUAAAUAACUAUUAUAUAGCUGCAUAUAUUAAACUAUAUUUAAAAUAUAAAUCCAAGUAAUAAAAGAGCAAAUCCAACAACA